AUGUUAGUCACUCACAAUGGGAAAAUCGUGUCUGAUGACGAUGAUUGUGAGGAGAUGCCACCCUUAUCCAAGGAUGACUACUUGGAGAAUUACUUGGUCGAGGAGGAGUGCACCCCCACUCAAGGGGAAAUCGGUUGUUUAGUGGCACGACGAGUGCUAACCGUCCAAGUCAAGGACGAUGAGCAGUUACAAAGGGAGAACUUGUUUUACACCCGAUGUAAAAUAAGUGACAAAGUAUGCAGCCUCAUCAUUGAUGGAGGAUAUGUUGUGAGUUCACAGGGCAUCAAAGUAGACGAAUCCAAGAUUGAGGCCAUCAAGCAAUGGCCAACACCCAGAACCGUCCCUGGGGUGCGUAGUUUCCAUGGAUUGGCGGGCUUCUAUCGGCGUUUUGUCAAAGACUUCAGCACCAUUGACGGCUACUCCACUGACCGCUGUGACAAAGAAAAAUGA